AUGGAGAUCUCUAUAAACGUAUUUGUUUUCCUCGUCUACCUUUUCGUCGUGAUCUACCUCCAGCAUUUUGUGAACAAGUAUACGGAGUUUGUGCGCAGCCUUUAA